UCAUUGUGUUUUCCUAUUUGUCGUUGUGAUUUGCACUUCAGGGCCACCGCAGGAUCGUGCCAUGAUGCCAUGAUCAACCCAAGCAUGAAGUUCAUGGUGUUAGUCUUUUAUCAGGCAGUUUUAGAGAGCCUUAUCAGAUACGGAAUCACAGAUUGAUUUGGUAACCUCUCUGUGCAGCUGAAGUUCAAACUGGUCCAAAUGAUGCAGACUGCAUGGAAGAUUAUAGGGGUAUAACAGUAUACGUCCCUGCAAUCUACUUAUGAACAGACUACCCUAAGGCAAUCCAAUAGGACAGUAACUGGUUACACCUGAGUACCAGCUACUGCCCUCAGGUAGGAGGUUUAGUCAUUCCUAGCAGACAAAAAGAUUUAAAAAUUCAUUAAUCCCGGUGUCAAUAAAACGUUUGAAUAGUGGCAGAUAGGGCCAGGAUGGGCACUGGAUGAUCUUUUAUAAGUUGUAGUUGUUCUACCUGAGUUCAGCAAGAGAUGGCACUGAGCAGCAAGACUGAGCUGAGUGCAGAUGAUUUCUUGGACGGACGGGUAUCCAUUGGCUCUGGGGGAUUUGGUCACGUCUACAAGGCCAGGCACAAGAACUGGGGUUUUGAUGUGGCUAUUAAGCUACUUCAUGAUGAUGUGAGCGCCGAGAAAGCACUUCAUGGAGAGGCUUCUCUUAUGAAUGAGGCCUCCUCUGAGUUUGUGGUGAGGGUUUAUGGAUUUUAUAAGGAAGAAAAGCCCAUGCAAAAGGGAAUAGUCAUGGAAUUCAUGACAAGAGGCUCCAUUCAGUCCCUGCAGAAGGACCUGUCUGGCCCUCCACCGUGGCCUCUGGCCUUGCGCUUGGCCCAUCAGGUGGCUUUAGCCAUAAACUUUCUCCAUUCAAAGGACCUUAUGCACCAGGACCUAAAGCCAAGUAAUGUACUGCUGACUGAAGACCUCAAUGCCAAGCUGGCAGACUUUGGUCUGUCCAGGGUUUCUACCAGUGCAUUGAACAGAAAGGAAGGAAUGACAGGAGAAAUCGGAGGCUCUUACAAGUACAUGCCUCCCGAGGCUUUCAAAUUAUCAUACGCACCUGUUCGUUCUUUUGACAUAUACAGCUAUGGUAUCCUUCUCUGGUCUAUUGUUACUGGUAAAGAGCCCUAUCCAAGCAUUGUAGCGGCGGAUUCCAGUCUUUUGAAAAUGGGGAUCAGAAGAGGGGACAGACCUCCCUUGACGGAAAUUGACCAGAAGGCAGAUGGAUUAAAAGAGCUGGUUGACCUCAUGAAGAGUUGCUGGCAUGGGGAUCACACUCAGAGGCCAUACGCUAAGAAGUGCUGGAAAGUCACUGAGGAUGUGUUCUCAAGGCAUGGGAGGAAGGGAAUUAAUGAUGCGGUCCAUAAAGUCAAGACAACACUGGAUUCACCAACUAAUAAUCAACAUUCAAACACAUCUGUUGCCUUCAGCUCUCCUCCUCAGCCACCAGAACAGUCAGAGUCAAAUGAUGAGGUAGAUCAUGCCAGAUUUACAAAUACUGGAAGGUCUUUUGAAGAGGAUUCUGUCUCUGUUUCUACUGGGGAAAUGAAUAAUACGGAUAAAGAAAAGUUCGUUGACAACAACAGGGCAAUGUUAAUCCAAAACGUUUCUGAGGUAUUGGCAAUAGCAGAGGAGCUUGGAGACAUGGUCCAUGGUGAAACCUACUCACUGAUUGAAGCUAAGAAGACGGACCAGGACAGAAUGAGAGUGCUGUAUCAAAGGACACUUCGGUCAGGAGGGGAAGUGGUCAAAGCAGCUUUCUACGACGCCCUCAAAAAAAAUCAUUCCAAACUAGUGGAGAGGCUAGGAGCUCCACCCACAGGCCAGCCAGCUCUGAUAACAGGGGACAGUAACUGGUUACACCUGAGUACCAGCUACUGGCCUCAGGAUUCUGUCUCUGUUUCUACUGGGGAAAUGAAUAAUACGGAUAAAGGAAAGUUCGUUGACAACAACAGGGCAAUGUUAAUCCAAAACGUUUCUGAGGUAUUGGCAAUAGCAGAGGAGCUUGGAGACAUGGUCCAUGGUGAAACCUACUCACUGAUUGAAGCUAAGGAGACGAACCAGGACAGAAUGAGAGUGUUGUAUCAAAGGACACUUAAGUCAGGAGGGGAAGAGGUCAAAGCAGCUUUCUACGACGCCCUCAAAAAAAAUCAUUCCAAACUAGUGGAGAGGCUAGGAGGUGUCUAACUCCAAAGUGACUUUCCCUGCUUCUCAUCAGCCCAUGAUGACCAAUCCUACACUUGAGUCUUUUAUUGACAUGAAUAUAUUUCACUCAUAUGUAUAUAAUGUGUUAAC